CCCUUCGUCGGUUCAUCUCUGAACCUCCCGGGCUCGGCCGCCGCGACUCCUCGAAGGCCGGAAACCGAGCAGCGCGCAAUGCGGCGCCGCCGCGUUCAGCGGGCGCUGCUGCCUGCCCACGCCGACCGCGAUCGCCUCCUCGCCGAGGAGGUCCUCUACCUCCACUCCCUCUGGCGCCGCGGCCCGGAGGUGUCGGCUCCCGCUCCCGCCCCCGCUCCCAUCCCGCCGCCUGGCUCCGGUUCGGCCGCUACCCGCCGUGUCGCUGCUCGGCGGAGGCGGCGGAGGCUGGAGCGCCGCGUCCAGGAGGGGAAGGGGCAGAAGGAGGAGGGGCAGGAGUCCGGCCCGGAGUGGCCCCUCGCGCCGUCUCCGCCCACGUCCCCAACUGCCUGGCACGGUGAGGUUUACUCUUCCCUCGAGCAGCGCCCGCCGCCGCAGCAGCGGCAGCAUUCGCCUAGGUCGCUCUCGCAGCAAGCUGCGCUCCGCGCUGCGGAGGCGUUCUUCUCCAAUCGCGGCGGGUCCGAUGGCGACGACGAGGAGGGAUCUGAACCGGAGGGCGAAGAGGAGGAGGAGGAGGAAACGGCGGCGGGGUUCUUCAUGGGACUGUUCGAGCGGGACGCGGCGCUGCGGGGGUUCUACGAGCGGAGCUGGGAGGGAGGGGAGUUCAGGUGCAUGGCGUGCGUGGGGAGGAAGGGGAAGGCCAGGAGGUUCACCGGAUGCGUCGGCCUCGUCCAGCACGCCCGCGCCGCCACCCGCUGCGGCCGGCCGCGGGCGCAACGCGCCCUCGCCGCCACCAUCUGCCGCGUGCUCGGCUGGGACAUCGAGAGGCUGCCCAGCGUCGUCAUCGACCCCCGCGGCACGCUCGGGCAGGCACUCGCCAGCCGCGCCGCCGCCGCCGCCAUACAGGAGAAUACUGAUGCUGGGGAGAGGGGGAUCUCUUCUGAAGGUGACGAAGCAGAAAAGGUUCAGGAAGACGAUGGAACUGGAAAAUGUGAUGUCUCUCUGAAUAAUGUGGACGCGAUUAAUGAGAAUGCCAAUGUGAGGAAGGGCAGCUCUUCGAUUAAUGACGACAAUGGAGAGAGUUGAAAGGACUGAAUCUGCCGUAUGCUCGUGAGCUGAAGGAAAGGUUUACGGUGCUAGGCAUGCUCAUCAGAGCCUGGUAUGUAGCAUAGCUUCAGCCUUUUAGGAUAGUUCAAACAAUAAAUCCAGUUGGGCAAAAGUUGAAGUAGAAUGAAACAUUCUUGUUUUUCUUGUCUGUUUUUAAAGGAAUUCUGGGUUUAAUGUAAGAACUAUCCGGUUUACAUUAAUGUGGUUGAUAUAAACUGCUAUAGUGCUGUUUGAUGAUGAUCUGAUUGAGCAUAGCUCAUUCUCCCACCUGAGCACUGUCCCGUAGUAGAGAGAACUCUAUACCUGUGUGGCCUGUUAAUACAUUUGUAAAAUGUAAUUCCUUGAUAUGAAGGUGUUGGGUCCUGUACUAAUGCACACCAGUGCAAAUAUCUCCUC